GCAACGUUUUACAGACGCGCCAUUUUGCGGUCACCUGCACUGAAGUUCGAUAGUUUUAAUCGUUUUUUCCGAAAGUAACAGUCUUUAUCAUUCCGCUGCAUAAUCAUGAGUGACCAAGAGCGAUCAAAAUCAAGGUCCAAGUCCAGGUCGUUCACCAGAUCCAGGACAAGGUCAAGGACACCUAAGUCGCCUGCCAGAUCCCCCUCUCAUGAUUCCCCCAGCCCUCGAGCCCGCCGCACCAGGAGCAAGUCAUAUUCAAGGUCCAGAUCUAGGUCUCCCAGCUAUCCUCGUCGUCACUACUCACGCUCACGCUCCAGAACAAGGAGUCCAUAUUACAAGAAAUCAUACAAGAGGUCAAGAAGCAGAAGUCGCUCACCAAGUCCAUACAGAAGAGGCUCCGGAGACAGGAGAAGGUACAGAAGUCACAGUCGCUCUCCUAUGUCCUCCAGGAAGAGGCAUGUUGGGAACAGGGAAAACCCAGAGAACAGUAACUGUUUAGGUGUGUUUGGUCUCAGUCUGUACACACAGGAGAGGGACAUCAGGGCAGUGUUUGAGAAGAUUGGACCCCUGACAGAAGUCAACGUGGUACAUGACAGACAGACUGGCAGGUCCCGGGGGUUCUGUUUUGUCUACUUCAAGCACAUGGAAGAUGCCAGGGAGGCCAAAGAGACGUGUAAUGGCACAGAGAUUGACGGGCGCAGAAUCCGUGUAGAUUACUCCAUCACAGAAAGAGCACAUACACCCACACCUGGCAUCUAUCUGGGGAAGCCCACUAGGAAGGGUGACAGGGAUAGGAGGAGUGGUGGGUAUGGAGGUGGCUAUGACCGCCGGGGAUAUGGCUAUGACCGCCGCAGAUCACCCUCUCCAUAUUACAGCCGCAGACCAAGCCGCUACUCCAGGUCAAGGUCAAGAUCAAGGUCAUACUCUCCAAGACACUACUGAGCUUAUGUGGAGACCUUUUUAUAAGCAUACUUUUGCCAAUUAAAAGAGUAUUAUAUGUAACAUGAGAAAGACUGAUACAAACAUUAGAUAAGCAUGGACAUUAAGUGUUCGGGGUGACAUAUUAGAUGGACAAAAAUUGUUGUAGUGAAAUGGUUUUCCUGCAAGUUAGAACUAGUUAAGCAUAUUUCUAAGGUUUUGACUGGAAACUUUGCAAUGUUAAAAACAUUUAAUGUUUGUUUGCAAAAAAUAUUUUUUUACAGUAUCCCUCCCUGAUUUUACUUGAUCUGAAUACUUAGUAGAAAAACAUCGAUUAUGGCCUUUGCAGCAACAUGAUCGACUCUUUUCCCCCUCAUAAUCAUAUUUUGUGUCAUAUGUCCAUUUUGAAAGCAGGAUGUGUGUAGAAAGUUAAAUAAUUUGCACAUUGCAAAAAAAAAUAAAUUUUUUUUAAUCACUGGGGGGAUGCUGUAAAAUUUUCUUAAACUAUAUAUGUAUAUUUACUUUCACACACACAUAAACAUACUUGACAGUUGAGCAUGGAGAUGGUUUUUGAAGCACUGAAACAUCUCUACAGACAACCUCAUAGGUGUAUCCCAUCCUUUUUUUAUUCAGUAUAUAUUCUUUGAACUUUGAUGUGUAUAGUAUGAUAAAUGCCGAGAUGUAUAUUUUGUUUUUAUUGAAAUUAGAGGUUAGGAAAGAUAGCUUACAUUAUUUAGACUUUUCCUUUUUGUUUUUAUUUUGAGGUAUUUUUAAGAAGUGUUAAUGUAGUUCUGGAGACAAGAUAAGCAAAGUUAUGUUUUUUUGUUUUUUUUAAGUCAGAUGGGUUAGAAUGAUUCUGAACAACAAAAAACAUGAGUGAAAUUAAAUUCUGAUUCAGUUAUCAAGACAUUUCUGAUUUCAACAUUUUUGCUUUUCUAAAUUAUGUCUGGAUGAGAAAAUUCUAAUUCAGUUAUUAAGAUUAUUGGACAUUUUUGUGAAUUUUGUAUUGACUUGUGAGCCCUGAUGAUGAUUUCCAUAUAAUAUCUUGGGAUUGUUUUCAGAUCAUUAUAACAAAAAAGUAUAAGGAUUUACUGAUAGUUUGUAUAAGAUUAUUUGAAGACCAAUAAAUGUGUUCUAUGUAAACUGGUUAA